AUGUCAGAUUCCAACACAAGUGACUUCACCAACCCCUCCACCUUCAUCCUGCUGGGCAUUCCUGGCCUGGAAGCGACCUAUGUCUGGAUCUCCAUCCCCUUCUGCACAAUGUAUGCCAUAGCCAUCUUGGGGAACUUCACUACCCUAUUAAUAGUGAAGAGGGAGCCGAGCCUUCAUGGUCCCAUGUAUUAUUUCCUCUGCAUGCUGGCCAUCACCGACUUGGCCCUAUGCACGUGCACAAUUCCCAAAAUGCUGAGCAUCUUCUGGUUGAAUUCCAGGGAGAUCGAUUUCAGUGCCUGCCUCACCCAGAUGUACUUCAUUCACUGCUUCUCAGUGAUGGAGUCUGGGAUCUUUGUGGCCAUGGCUUUUGAUCGCUAUGUGGCCAUCUGCAAUCCCCUGAGACAUUCCACCAUCCUGACGAACCGCAUGGUGGCCAAGAUUGGCCUGGCCGUGGUGCUGCACGGUGGCAUGAUCAUACUGCCCUAUUCCUUACUGGCGAGGCAGUGGCCAUAUUGCAGAACCAACAUCAUCCCCCACUCUUACUGUGAGCACAUGGCCGUGGUGAAGCUGGCCUGUGCCGACAUCCGCAUCAGUAGUUACUAUGGCCUCUUUGUGAUAUUCUCUGUGACUGGUGUGGAUGUGCUUUUUAUCGCCAUGUCCUAUAUCCAGAUCCUCAGAGCCAUCUUCAGCCUCCCCACAAAGGAUGCCCGGCUUAAGACUUUUGGGACCUGCGCCUGCCACCUCUGCGCCAUCUUAGCCUUUUACAUCCCAGGUCUUUUCUCCUUACUCACGUACCGUUUUGGCCACAAUGUGCCCCUACAUUUCCACAUUCUCAUGGCCAACGUGUACCUCCUGGUGCCCCCCAUGCUGAAUCCCAUCAUCUACGGGAUGAGGACCAAACAGAUCCGGGACAGGCUGCUCCAUCUCUUUACUCAUAAGGGGACUUAA